UCCUGGGUCUCUUCCUGUUUGUCUGAUGAGCAACGAAGGUCAUGCAUGGGAGCAUCGAGCCACCAUGAUCUCACAAGACUUUGGACUUGGUUGAAUUUUAAACUCAGAAAUGAGAAUAAAGCAGACAUUAAUUAUUAAAAGAAUUAAAUUCAGAGAGAAUUGUUUUGACCUGUAAACAGGGUAUAUGUGCAUGUGCAGCCACUGGAGGGCAGUGUUACAAAUGGUUUACACUUGAAAUAAUCUUGUAUUUUAAAUUAGUUUGUUUUUUUUGCUGUUUUAAUCAUGCAAUAUGUCAGUUUCUGAUACAACUUAAACAUAUUUAGGUAUUUUUAAGCAAUUUCCUAUCAGUUGACAUUUAAUUGAACCAGAUUUUCUUUUUUAGGUGUUUUUUUAUUAUUAUUUUUGGGAUAUUUAGUGAUGGGAACUGUAAAUUGUUCCAUUCCGUUGUGAUCUGCGUUCAGGGUGUCACUAGAGGGAUUCCCCACGCCGCCGCUGCGUGGGCGCUUUUAGGCUUUCAGAAAAGCGAACGCGCCAAAUUACAGCACAUCUCUUCUUGAACUUCUCUGAGCCCCCGAAGCUCCUCCCUAAAAAGAAAAAAAAAAUCAAGAUGUGAAAAAGGUUUAAGAGCAGGACCCCAAGAUCCCCGCCAGCAAUUUACAGUGGGGGCCCCCUGCGCAUCUGAAGAGAUGAACCUGGAUGAAGACAGCAGCGUGCCAGGCAGCUGCGGCAAUGGAAAGCUGAGGCAGUGGCUGAUCGAUCAGAUAGACAGCAGGAGAUACCCUGGCUUGGUUUGGGAAAACGAGGAGAAAAGCAUCUUUAGAAUUCCGUGGAAGCAUGCAGGGAAACAAGACUACAACAGAGAAGAGGAUGCUGCGCUCUUCAAGGCAUGGGCGAUGUUCAAGGGAAAAUACAAGGAAGGUAUUGACAAACCAGACCCUCCGACAUGGAAAACCAGACUCCGCUGCGCCCUUAAUAAAAGCAACGACUUUGAUGAAAUAGUGGAGAGAAGCCAACUGGACAUCUCAGAUCCGUAUAAAGUUUACAGAAUAAUUCCAGAGGGAGUGAAAAAGGAAAUGAAAAUGAGCAGUAUAGAGGAGAUGCCACCACACUCCAAUGCCAUUGGCUUUAUUCCGCCUUACCCAUCACUGCGCAACCAGGUACCUUUUGUAGUUUCUCAAGAGAGGAGGGACUGGAGGGAUUACCACCCUUCUCCAGAGCAGCAGGUUCUGUCCAGCCCACAUUUACACGGGCCGCACGCAGAACUGCAGUACGGCCAGUGUCCCUACCCGCCAUCAAUCAGCCGGGCUUGGCCCGGGUCACACACGGAAAACGGUUUUCAGCUCUCAUUCCACACCUACCUUUCAGAGUCUCAACCCCCUUUGUAUGCAGUGGACCACAACAAUGUUACAACAGAUUUCAGUCUGCAUGUGUCCUUAUACUACAGAGAGUCCCUGGUAAAGGAAGUGACUGUCACUAACCCAGAAGGUUGUAGGAUCACUUCCUCCUCCUCGUCCACGUCCUCUCCAUCCUCCUCAUCCCCGUGUCCGGAGGACAAGUUCCACAGCGGAGCCGAAGUGGUUCUCUUUCCAUUUCCGUAUCCCGAGUCCCAGAGACAGGGCGCCGAGAUGCUUCCGAACAUUCUGGAGAAGGGGGUGCUCCUGUGGAUGACGGCUGACGGGAUGUACGCCAAGCGCCUCUGUCAGGGGAGAGUGUACUGGGAGGGACCUCUGGCCCAGUUUAUGGACAAACCCAACAAGCUGGAGAAGGAGCAGCCGUGCAAACUGUUCGACACCCAUCAGUUCCUUAUUGACUUGCAAGAUUUUGCCCAUAAUGGUCGGCAUCUGCCCCGACACCAGGUGGUGCUGUGUUUUGGAGACGAGUAUCCGGACCCACAACGUUCAAGGAAGAUGAUCACUGCACAAGUGGAGCCAAUGUUUGCCAGGAAACUGGUCUACUAUUACCAGCAGAACGCAGGUCACUACCCUCGAACCUACGAUCACAUCCAGGAACAGAACUCCUCUUCAGGCAUUGACUAUCCUUCCCAGCGCGCCUUACAACACAUCCAGGAGUGACACGUGAACACACACACACAUGAAGCUGUGGCUUUUUCUCUCUCAUCGGGACUGCAAGUUUGUGUACAGUAAAGCGGGGUAAAGAUGGGGAAGACCCUGCUGUUCCUUCUUGCACAUCGAUUCAUUGUUGUGUCUGUGGAGGAAGAAAUGCUUCUUUUUUUAUUUUUUUUUUUCUACAAAUAUUACUGUGACAAUGUGAAGGAUGCGGUUUGAGGGUGGGGGGGAUGAGGGGAGUGUGGGGCGAACUGAGGCAGGAAGUACGAGCACAGGUGCACAGGAAGAAUGGCCCCCGACACAAACACUGAUACGUGUAAGAGAUAAAGCAGGCUGAAUAAAUACUCGCUCAAAUCAGUUGACGGCACGAUUGUUUUCCCCAUUUUUCUUUUUUCUAAAAAAGUUUUUUUUUUUAAAUAAAUGCUUUCAAAAAAGUGAACUGUAAUAUAUUUCCUGGACAACCACAACAGUCGUUUUGUUUUCUUAGAAUCCCACAAAAUAUUAUUUUAGUUUCUGUAUUUUACCUUUUUUUGGUCUAAAUUUAGUUAAUUCUUACACUGUUGAGUCUCUCAGUAUUUAUACAAAUUUGAAACCCAUUUUU